AGAAAAGCAACUCACAAAUGGCUGGUUGCAAAUUCUAGCAUCAUUUUUUUCUUUAUUUUAGUUUCAAAUAUUAGAAGCUAAAAUGUCUUCACAACAUGAAAAUUCUGAUAUGAAAGAUCUACCAGGUCCACACAAAAGGAUAUCAAAUUUGAUGCAUCAAGCUGGAAAUAAGUUUUGCGCCGAUUGCGGAACUCCGGAGCCGAAAUGGGUAUCCUCAAGUCUUGGAGUAUUUAUUUGCAUAAAGUGUUCUGGCAUACAUAGAAGUUUAGGAGUCCACAUAUCAAAGGUUGCGUCGUUGAAGUUAGAUGAAUGGUCCGAGGAACAAGUCGACGCGUUAGAGAAGUUAGGUGGAAAUACAUUGUUAAAUAAAAAAUAUGAAGCUUUCCUCCCAAGUAAUAUAAAAAAACCAAAACCACAUACCUCGAUCGAAGACCGCUCCGAUUAUAUCAGGAAAAAAUAUGAGCAACUACAGUUCAUGGAGUGUGAUGACAAUUCAGCAUGUGCGAUCGUACCAGCUCGAGGAAGAAGUUUAUCAAUGGCUCAGAGUAGUUCUUCGUGUUACACUUUUCAUAUGGAAAACAAAAAAUACGACAAAACCCCAACCAAACAUCGCAUUGGAAACGCGUUUCGAAAUAGCUGGACAAGAAAAGAUUCGGAGCACAAGUCUUCGAAGAAGAGCUCCUCGUUGGCAGGUAUGGUUGAAUUUGUUGGGUUGAUUAAGGUUAAUGUUGUGAAAGGAACUCACCUGGCUGUUAGAGAUGUAAUGACGAGUGACCCGUAUGUGAUCCUUUCUUUGGGACACCAAUCGGUAAAAACGCGUGUUAUAAAGAACAAUUUGAAUCCAGUUUGGAAUGAAAGCUUAAUGCUAUCAAUUCCAGAAAACAUUCCUCCCCUUAAAGUGCUAGUGUAUGACAAGGAUACAUUUUCAACCGACGAUUUCAUGGGCGAAGCUGAAAUAGACAUUCAACCACUAGUUUUAGCUGCAAUCGCAUAUGAAAAAUCUACGGUGAACGAGUCGAUGCAGCUAGAGAAAUUUGUAGCGAGCCGAGACAACUCUCUUGUUAGAGAUGGUGUGAUAUCUCUUGAUGAAGGGAGGAUCAAACAAGAAAUCUCAGUGAGGCUACAGAAUGUUGAGAGAGGUGUUCUUGAGAUUGAGCUUGAGUGUGUUCCUCUUACUCAAUAGCUUGGAUUGAAAGUUAAGGGCCAAGAGGACUCAGUUUUGGAGCAUAAAUCAUCUCAAGAAUAUUAAUUUGUUUGUAAAUUGUUAUGUGUCUUUCCCUCUUGUAUUUUGUUAUGUGACUUGAGGGGAUUGCUCCUCUACUAAUGGUUCUUAAGGAGUUAACUUGGUUUCCCAAUUAUACUUUCAAACACUUAUUGUGAGAUUCUUGACAAC